UUAAAACACCUUAACAGUGCGACCCUUGUGUUUAGACUUAUACGAGGGGGUUGGUCGCAUUGGCCACGUGACCAUCUGCAGGAUCUUGUUUGAUAGAACGCUAUACGUCGGCAGACUGGAACAAUGAGGGAUGCCGCGGGGCGCGCAAUUGAUCACCCGAGAAACCUUUCUCAAGAAGUCAUAGAGUUUAAUCAAGAUGCAGCUGUACAUGCGAUGAGAAAUGCAUCAAACCCGCAGGCUGUCUGAAGAAACAGUGCUGGAGCCUUGCGCCUUGGUCACAACCCAUUAAAACGCAGCCCGUGGUUGGUUUGGAUCUACUUCAUCCAAGAAUGAGGAACAAGUAUGCAGUAAUCUUUGUCUUUAUCGUGGCUCUCGUCAUUAUCGAAAAGGAAAACAACAUUAUCUCAAGGGUCUCUGAUAAACUCACCCCAAGGCAGGCUCCUCACGCACCCCUGAAGCCCAAUGUUUCGGCUGCGGACCCGCUGAAGCCCACCAUGUCCUCCCUCUCCUCCUCCUCUUGCCCCCUCACUGAGCCCAGCGCGGCCUUCACGCCCCCCAGGAGGCGCCUGGUGCACCUGGCGGAGCCCACGCGGCGGCGCAGAGAUGGAGGGAAGCACAUCCUCCUGCUGGCGGCCACCAGGACCGGCUCGUCGUUCGUGGGCGAGUUCUUUAACCAGCAGGACGGGACCAUGUUCUACUUGUUCGAGCCGCUGUGGCACGUGGAGAGGAAGCUCAGUGCGGCCGCGGGGGGCACCAACUCCUCGGUGUCGGCCCAGACCUACCGGGACGUCCUGCAGCAGCUCUUCCUCUGCGACUUCACCCUGCUGGAGCGCUUCAUCGAGCCGCCGCCUGCGGACCACGUCACCGCCGCCCUGUUCCGCCGGGAGUCCAGCGCCUCGCUCUGCGAGGAGUCCGUCUGCAGCCCGGUCGUCAAGGACGUGUUCGAGCGCUACCACUGCAAAGAGAGGUCGUGCGGCCCGCUCAACUUCACCCUGGCCUCCCGGUCCUGCCUGCGCAAGGUCCACCGGGCCAUCAAGACGGUGCGGGUGCGGCAGCUGGAGAGCCUGCGCCCCCUGGUGGAGGACCCCCGCCUGGACGUGAGGGUGAUCCAGCUGGUGCGGGACCCACGGGCCGUGCUGGCCUCCCGCAUGGUGGCCUUCUCCUACAAGUAUAAGAACUGGAAGCAGUGGCAGGCGAACGGGGAGGUGCCCGUCGACGACGAGGAGGUGAAGCGGCUGAAGGGGAACUGCGAGAGCGUCCGCACGUCGGCGGAGGUGGGGCUGAGGCGCCCGGCAUGGCUGCAGCGCCGCUACAUGCUGGUGCGCUACGAGGACAUCGCCCGGUACCCCAUGCAGAAAGCCACAGAGAUGUACCGAUUCUCCGGGAUCCCCUUCACGCCGCAGGUGAGGGAGUGGAUUCGUAAGAACACCCAGGCGUCCAGCGAGGCUGGUGGCGUUUACUCCACACAGAAAAACUCCUCCAAGCAAGUGGAGAAAUGGAGGUUCACCAUCCCCUUCAAUUUGGCCCAAAUGGUACAGAAGGUUUGUGGUCCAGCCAUGAAGCUAUUUGGGUACAGAUUUGUUUAUAAUGAAGACAUGCUAACUAACAAGUCAUACAGUUUGCUGGAUGAAAAGACAUUUCACUUUGCAUAGCAUUUAAUGACAUUUUUAAGGGUUUUGUUGGUUGUAGCAUUUUUUAAAGUGCAGUUUUUACUUUUUUAAGGGCCUUAUUUCUGUUUUUUUUUUUUAAUGAAAAAUGUUUUACAGGAAACCCUAAAACACGCAAAGGGAAUAUUUACUUUUUUUUUACUGUUUAAAUUUGAACAUGUCCAACUGUGUCAAAGCUGUGUUUUGAGGUUCACACUGCUGUCCCAUCAUUGAUUAAUGGUGAAGCUUUAUUUAUAAAUGCCUAAAAAGGGAAACGUUUAACUUAUUUAGUGUUGUUACUGUCACACACUAUAAUGUGCUUUAUUCAGAGAAUUAUAGGGUUCCUCCAGAAGAUGCUGUACAGCAUAUUAGCUUUGGGUAAUAGUGGGUUUCAGUACGUGUGAUUUCUGUGCAUUUGCAGGGUGCUGUUGUCACACACAGGACUAUAUCCACUGUUACCAGAGUAAAACUCCAUACAGAACACACUUAGAACCAGUGUGUUAACAUAAUGUAAGAAGAAGUGAAGCAGCUUGUAGACUACAGGCAAUGUCUUGAGAUUGUAUAUAUUUGAUAUGAAAAUGUGUUCUAAAGGAAAGCUUGAAAAAAAGGACAUGACAUCUAUGUUCAUUGAAGAAUAUUUUUCUUGUAACUUAUUUAACAGGCUGUUUUACGUUGUUGUCCUAUGGAACAUAUAAAGUCCAGUCACCCUGUUUAUGGGGAUGUGUGUGUCCAUGGUGUUUCAUAUUUUGAAAUGUCAUUGGUUAAUUGAUCUUACUUUUGAAAAUAAAUGAACGAGAUACAUGUGUUAAGACAAGGA